GAUGCAAGAUGAAUAAAUAAAUAGAUAAAGAGAAAGCGAGUGGGAGAGGUGAGAAGUUAGCUGUCGCCCGUCAUCAUCAGCCUCUGCAUCUCGCUAUUUGGCAUUGCCGGCAGCGAAAAAGAAAAAAAAAAGUUGCUCUUAGUAGAAGAAAUCAGACGAGAGAGGCGGGAUGUCGAAUCAAGUGCGCUUAUUUUGUCGGUCUUUACUUGCUUUCUUAACGUUGGCCAGUAUUUGGACCGGCACACUUGGUCGUUGCCCCAGGGAAUGCCAAUGCAAUGAUAACAAAGUGCUAUGCAUGUAUAAAGGAUUAACUAAGGUUGUUCGAGUGCCACUGGAAACUACACUGUUAGAUCUUCGAUCAAACAAAAUAAAAAAUAUUGCUGUUGGUACAUUUUCAAAUCUGCAGUAUCUGGAAACACUGUUAUUGAAUCAUAAUGAAAUUGAUGUCCUGACCAGAAAUGCUUUUGUCGGACUACCUUCUCUUCGAGAAUUGUACUUAUAUCAAAAUAGAAUUACAACAAUUCAAACUGGUACUUUCAAUGAACUCAGAAAUCUGGAACAAUUAUAUUUGCAAAAUAAUUCCAUUAAAACCUUACCUGCUGGAGUUUUUGAUGGACUUCCAAAGUUACGUAAGGUUAAUUUGCAGGGGAAUCCAUUGGUAUGUGACUGCAAGUUGAAAUGGUUGUCAGAUAAAUUGAGGUUACUGGGGGACAGGUCAAAUGUCACCUGUGAAUUACCUCUCAGUGUUUCAGGACAAUUAGUGAGUGAACUUUCUCCUGAUCAGUUUCUAUGUCGGGCACCUCUGUUUACUGUGGAACCAGAAGAUAUGCGGCUGGAGAUAGGUACCUCAAUGGUGUUUACCUGUGCUGCAACUGGCGAUCCUGAACCUGAAAUCUCUUGGUUACAUAAUGGACAAGUUCUUGCUCAAUCAGCAACCAUCAUCUUUUGGGGUGACGCCUUAAAACGGCUAAUGAUCCAGAACAUUAAACAAUCUGAUAGUGGAACCUAUACAUGUGUGGCUAGUAAUUCUGUUGGACAGACAUUUUCCAGGGGAGCUCUGUUACAAUCAGAUUUACCAAGUACUGCUCGUCCACGAGUCACUCAGGCCCCAGUAAGAUUUCCAGCUCAGCCACAUUCACGAAGAAUCUUUCCUCCACGUCAACAAAGACUUCCAGCUCGGAGAUUUGACAGUGGAAGUUUUCAAGGAGAAUUGCUUGACAUCAUGGCUAAGCAAGGAGAUAACAUUACACUUCAGUGUGUAGAAGAUGAUGACUCAUCUGCCAGAAUCAGCUGGACUAAGGAUAAUCUACCCCUGUCAACUCCUGAUCAUAUAACUCUAUCAACAACUGGUUCCCUUUUCAUUGUGAACAUUCAGCAAAAUGACCAGGGCCUUUAUCGGUGUACAGCUACAAGCAGUUCUGGUACUAUUACAAGGGAAUUACGAAUAACCUUGCAAAUUCCACCAGCCUUCUUUGAACCACCAAGAGAUCAAACUGUACCAGAAGGGUCUUCUGCAACUCUUAGGUGUCGUGCUCAAGGCAAUCCUGUCCCAAUCAUCACUUGGUCAAAAAGUGGUGAAGCUUUACCAAACAAUGGUCGUUUUACUAUCACAAGCAAUGAAUUGAGGAUUCUGCAGGUCAAUAUAGAUGAUCGUGGCCUAUACAUAUGUCGUGCCGAGAGCACUGCUGGUUCCAGAGAGGCAACUGCUUAUUUGGCUGUAAGUCCAAGAACUGCUCCUUCAUUAGUUCAUCGUCAAACAGACAGAGAAGUCAGCUUGAACAGCCAGGUGACUUUACUUUGUGAUGCUGAAGGCGAACCAACUCCAAGUUACCGGUGGGAAAAAGACAAUCUACCAUUGCAGUAUGACAACAGAAUUAGAAGUGAAGGAAAUGCAUUAACAUUUCAAAGGGUUCUUUUUAAUGAUGCUGGAGAGUAUGAGUGUAUAGCCGAAAAUAUUGAAGGCAUUGACAGAAAUUCUUUCCACCUUUCUGUUGUUGCUAGACGUGGUGUGAAUAUUGGCCAUCAGUUGGUAACAAGUUCAACUGACGAAGCAAUCAACAGAAUCAACCUUGCUGCAAACGUUACCUAUGAUCAUCUGUUUAACAGGAAGAAAACUUACACCAUCAGUGACUUACUUUCAGUUGUCAGAUAUCCAUCAGCUGAAGCUCUCGAAUUAGCAAAAGCUGAAGAAAUAUUUGAGCAAACUCUAGACAUCAUUUAUGAACAUGUUAGAGAAGGUUAUAAAUAUAAUUUAGAAGAUCAUGAGCUGUCUUAUCGGGAAUUGUUGUCACCUGAACAUAUUCAAUUAGUUGCAAAUCUAUCUGGUUGUUCCCGGCGUUUUCCAAAUAUUGACUGUUCGGAUAUGUGUUUUCACAAAAAAUAUCGUUCCUUUGAUGGCUCGUGCAACAAUUUGCUUAAUCCAGCAUCUGGAGCUUCCAACCAAGCUUUUCGGCGUCUUCUUCCUCCUCGUUAUGAAAAUGGUUUCAAUACACCAGUAGGCUGGAAUCCUUCAAGAGAAUAUAAUGGCAUUCCAUUACCAAGCCCUCGGCUUGUCUCCUCUGUCCUUAUUGGUUCCAACCAUGUGACUGAUGAUGACCUGAGCACACAUAUGCUGAUGCAAUGGGGCCAAUUUGUAGACCAUGAUAUGGAUUUGGCUCCCCAAUCUAUCAGUAAUGCUCGAUUUAGUGAUGGCAGAGGAUGUAACGAAACUUGCACAAAUGAUUACCCUUGCUUUCCAAUUCAAGUUCCUUUGAAUGAUCAGCGCAUUCGAAAUCGUGAAUGUUUGGGCUUUGCUAGGUCAAGUGCUAUCUGUAAUUCAGGUGGAACGUCAAUUUUCUUCAAUACACUUGCUCCACGGGAACAGCUGAAUGCUAUAACAUCUUUUAUUGAUGCGUCUAAUGUGUAUGGUAGUACUUUUGAGGAUGCUUCUAGUCUAAGAGACCUUACAUCAAGUCGUGGUUUACUCCAGGUUGGAGCUGCACCAGAUGGAAAAGCUCUAUUACCAUUUGAUAAUAAUGGCUUAUUGGCAAACGUUGACUGCCAACUGGAAGCAACAAAACGACAUCUUCCUUGUUUUCUUGCUGGUGACCAUCGAGCUAAUGAACAGCUGGCCCUAACUGCAAUGCAUACUUUGUGGCUUCGUCAGCACAACAAGAUUGCAACAGAGUUACUUCAGUUGAAUCCACACUGGGAUGGCACUCUCUUGUACCAUGAAAGCAGAAAAAUAGUUGGUGCCAUGAUGCAACACAUUACAUAUGAACACUGGCUUCCUGAUAUCCUGGGCCCUAAAGGCAUGAAACUUCUUGGAAAAUAUAAAAGCUAUGAUCCUCAGAUUGAUCCUAAAAUAUCUAAUGAAUUUUCAACUGCAGCUUUUCGUGUUGGACACACUCUGAUUCAGCCUAUUAUUUAUCGAUUGAAUGAACGAUUCCAGCCAAUCAGAAGUGGGAACUUGCCACUCCAUAAAGCCUUCUUUUCUCCUUACAGAGUAGUGGAAGAAGGUGGCAUUGAUCCCUUGUUGCGCGGUCUUUUUGCUGUUCCUGCAAAAAAGCAAAUACCUGAAGAAAUGUUCAACUCUGAGCUGACCGAAAAGUUGUUUGUUUUAGCUAAUUCACUUGGACAAGAUCUAGGUUCCUUAAACAUUCAGCGAGGUAGAGACCAUGGGCUUCCCAGCUACAAUGAAUAUAGAGCUUUUUGUGGGAUGAACAAAGCCACUUCGUUCAAUGACCUAAGAAAAGAAAUUCCUGAUGCAAACAUACGAUCUCAUUUAGAGAAUCUCUAUAGACAUCCUGAUAACAUUGAUCUGUUUGUUGGAGGAAUAAGUGAAACUCCCAAAAGGAAUUCAAAAGUGGGACCGACAUUUUUGUGCAUUAUUGUUGACCAAUUCCGCAGACUUCGUGAUGGUGACAGAUUUUGGUAUGAAAACCCUGGUGUGUUUACUGCUGACCAACUAACCCAGCUGAGACAGGUAACUCUUGCUCGUGUCAUAUGUGACAACAGUGACAAUAUUAACCAGGUUCAGAGAAACGUUUUCCAUAUUGCCAGGAACAGAUCAGAAUAUUUGCCAUGUGAAAAAAUUCCCAAAAUUGACAUCAAGAUGUGGUCAGAUUGCUGCUUUGAUUGUCAAAAAUCGGGUGAAUUCCAAUCGAUCACCAGUUUUUAUAGCAGCCGUCGAUCAUUCCACAGUCGUCCAGAAGACAGACAUUUAUUUACAUCAUCAAAUUUGCCAAGAGACUCACAGUUUUUAAGCGAUCAACCAGUGAGCCCAGCUAAUAGUAGUUAUUUCUAUAAAAGUAAUCAGAAAUCUUCACACCUUGACACUCGAGUAGAAGGCAUGGAAAAAACUAUUAAGAAUCUUGACAGAAUGGUUCGUAAACUCAGGAAACAAGUAUUUGGACUGCAAAAGCAACAAUCAAGUCUUUCAACAUGUGUAGGAGCUGAUGGCAAAAGAUAUUCUAACUCUGAAGAAUGGAAAGUGAAUGAUUGCCAAGUGUGUAAAUGCAAGAAUGGCCAAGUGGAAUGUGAGAAAGAAAUAUGUCCACCAGCAACUUGCAGCAAUCCUAAAACAGUUCCAGGUGUUUGCUGUCAAAUGUGUUAAGAAUCAGCAAAACUUUCUUGAUUAAAAAACAAGCUUUGGAGGAUAGACAAUUCUUCACAUUUCUUUCACAGCUCUAGCAAUGAAAUUGACAAAAAUAUUUUUCACAAAAUUCAUCUGUGUAUAUAUUCUUUUAUUUUUAUUUUUAAUGAUUUCAGAAAGAGUGGCCAUAUUGAGGCACAGCCUUAAAAAGUUUUAGAUAUCGACCCCUCAGUACUUUUUUUGGCUCUUAUUUCAUUUUUCCUUCUAAGAUAUGAAUAGGCAAAAAUGAAUGUUGAUGUAUAGGGAGAUAACUUAACUGCACAUUAAUAACAGGGUAUCCCUGUUUGAAUCUACUAGCUUGACCCAAUUCACUUACAUGCACAUACAUACUUAUAUAGUGCAAUUUGAAUUUAAAUUACAUCAUAAAUAACCACUGUUUUGAAUUCCAUGUGUAUUCCUGUAUAGCUGAAGGAAAACCAUGAAGUAGACUCAUGUUACAGUCCAUUUAUCAUUUGGUUACAAUCCACAGUUGGGUAUUCCCAGAGUAGAUAUACGAAACAAAGCAAAAUAACAGGAGAGUUUGUUUGUAAAAUAUUUAGUUACAUCAUCUUACACAUAUUUCAUUAAUAAAAAAUUAUUAUGAGUUAUAUAAUGUAAAUUAUAUAACCUAAUUGCAUUGUCAAAUCUUCAGAGAAGCAUAACUCUCAUUUGUAAAUUCAUAUUUGCAUAUUGAAUUAGUGUUGCCA